CUCAGUUUGAUCAGCACUUGUUAUAUCAUAGUAUCACACCAACUGUUUACUUCCUUAUCAAAUCUUACCUUAUCAUUACGUCAAUUAUUAUACAACUAUUACUGAUGCAAAUUAUCGCACUGUUAUGAUAAAACAAUCAGUAUUGUGCCAAAGGUCGCCGCGAGCGGACGUGCGUGUAUGUUUGUUAAGCAAAGCGAAAAAUCAAAUAGAAAAUGUUCAAGAAUCCCAAUUACGUUUACGGUCCAAUGGACGUCCUUGUACCUUCAUCGUUGCAAUUUGGUGAAUUCCUAUUGAAAAGGAUGAUUGGAUGCAAAGGGAAGACCGCUUUUAUAAACGCAACCACAGAGGAGAGGACCACAUACGGAGAGAUAUGCCAAGAAGGAAUGAAUUUCGCUGUCUCACUGGUCCACCUGGGGCUUAGAAAAGGACAGACUGUGGCCAUAUGUUCAGAGAACAGAUCGGAAUAUUUCAAGGUCGUGCUGGGGGUGAUUUGCGCUGGUGGAAUCAUUACAACCAUGAACCCAGCCUAUGUGGAAGAUGAAAUCCGUCACGUUAUGAAAAUAACGAAACCGUCAUUCUUAGUUUGCUCACCGAACGUGUACAAAGAACAUAGCAGAACAUUCAAAAGCCUCGGCCAUAUUAAGAGGAUCAUCUUAGUCGGCAACGAGAAAAAAACGGGCACUUUAUCGUUUACCGAUAUAACGAUACCAGUUAAUAACGAUAACGAUAACGAAGAACGAGUUAUCGUUAAUGAUAGAAUCACGAGGAAUGUUCGUUACGAGGAAUUCGAACCAGUCGAUGUGAAAGGGCAAAUAGAUACUGCCUUCAUACUGUAUUCAUCAGGGACUACUGGUCUACCCAAAGGUGUGAUGCUGACUCAUCUCAAUCUCAUCAUAAUGUGCAGUUUUGCAUCAACGCUGGCUGAGGCCACCACUUUAACAAUAACACCAUGGUUCCAUGCCAUGGGUCUUGUGGGUAAGCUGAUCGAGCUGGCACAGAAUAGAACCGUUUUGUACUUACCCAAAUUUGAAGUCGACCUGUAUUUGAAGGCUAUUGAGAAAUAUAAGGUACAGAUAAUUGUUGUGGUACCACCGGUCCUUGUUGCUGUAUUCAAAGCUCCCAAGAAGUACGACCUCAGCUCCGUCCAAUACGUGUAUUCGGGUGCCGCGCCACUGCACAAGGACACCAGCGAUCUCGUCAAUAACACGUUCCCAAAUGCGCGCAUGGUACUUCAAGGAUACGGCUUAACUGAGAGUACGUUGGCGGUGUCGAGGGCCAAACCUGAUGUACCUCAGAAGGCGGGCAGCGUCGGCAGCUUACAACCUGGCCUUACUGUUAAGGUUGUAGAUAUCAAAACAAGGAGGCCCUUAGGCCCCAAACAGACUGGGGAAAUCUGUAUUAAGGGGCCGACCAUCAUGAAGGGCUAUGUCGGAAUAGAAAACAAGGAAGUUUUCGACUCGGAGGGAUUCUUUCACACAGGAGACGUCGGAUACUAUGAUGAAGACAGGGAUUUCUUUAUCGUCGAUAGACUCAAAGAGUUGAUCAAGUAUAAAGGAUAUCAGGUGGCUCCAGCGGAGUUGGAAGCUCUAUUACUGAAACACGAGGCGGUGGCAGACGCGGGUGUGGUGGGAAUUCCCGACGUAGCUGCCGGGGAAGUCCCGCUCGCAUUCGUAGUCACACAACCGGGCAAGAGAGUGACAGAGAAGGAACUACAGCAGUUCGUCGCAGAAAGGGUAUCGAACCCAAAACACUUACGAGGCGGAGUGCGUUUCAUCAGCGCCAUACCAAAGAACCCAAGCGGCAAAAUUCUCAGGAAGGAACUAAGAAAAAUGGCAAAACACGCCAAGAGCAAACUAUAAGAUUUUACUGCCCCGACAAAUGUUCCGUGCGAUCAUGAUUUUGUAGCACUUAACUUAAAUGACAUUUACAGGAGGGCUCUGCUUGU